AUGCAGCCACUCCUGCUCCUGUUGAUUUUUAUUCUACUCCAAGGAGAUGAGGCAGGAAAGAUCAUUGGAGGCCGAGAAGCCAGGCCCCACUCCCGCCCCUACAUGGCUUUCCUUCUGAUCCAGAGUCCAGAAAGUGCUUGUGGAGGGUUUCUGGUGCGAGAAGACUUUGUCAUGACAGCGGCCCACUGCUUGGGAAGUUCCAUAAAUGUCACCCUGGGAGCUCACAACAUCCAGAGGCAAGAAAGGACCCAGCAACACAUCCCUGUGCUCAGAGCUAUCCCCCAUCCUGAUUAUGAUCCAGACAAAUUCCGCAACGACAUCAUGUUGCUUCAGCUGACAAGAAGAAUCCGGAAGAAUAAAGCCGUGAGGCCCGUGGCUCUGCCUCAGCGCAGAAACCGUCUGCGGCCAGGGGAUUUGUGCACAGUGGCUGGCUGGGGCCUAGUGAGCAGGAACAUGAGAACAGAUGUACUCCAGGAGGUGCAGCUAAGGGUGCAGAGGGACCAAAAGUGCAGCAAUCGCUUCAACAACUACAACAGCCAGACUCAGAUCUGUGUGGGGAACCCAAGAGAAAGGAAGUCUGCCUUCAGGGGCGAUUCUGGUGGUCCUCUGGUAUGUAACAAUGUGGUCCAGGGCAUUGUCUCCUAUGGAGACAGCAAUGGCAUUCCUCCAGCUGUAUUCACCAAGAUCCAGAGCUUCAUUCCCUGGAUAAAGAGAACGAUGAGACGCCUUGCACCACGGCAUCAGGGACGAGCUCCAGGGGAUUUCCAUAGUUUUGGUUAA